GGCGAGGUGGGCCACACCGUACGAUUCUGCCAACAGCGGCGGGACGACGAGCUGGCAGGACUAAUCUCCACCUGUAUGGAUGGGGAAAUAUACGAUCGAUGGGGAAAGCACAUCGAUCCCAAGACUCCGGGAGGAAUCAGGCAGGAAGCCCUCAGGCGAGCGGCGGCAGGGCCGCCAACAGCCCCGACUAUGUUCAGAGUAUGGCAAGAAAGGGAGGAUCCGGGUGUGAGGGCCGAAGAAAUUGUGGAUGAAAAUGAGGAAGUGACUCAACGGCUAAAGGCGGGGACUAUAAAGGAGGAGCCUAUAGUCGUUGAGUCAGACGAUGAGGCGCAGGAGGUGGUGAGAGAGUUAGCCUCGACCAUCCUGGAAAGAAUGGAGGACCUGCUUGCAAAAGUCGGCAGGUAUCAGGAACGGCUAAGGGCGAUGUGCGAAGAGGCCCGGGAAUGGGAAAUGAGCCUCCCUGAGGUGAUGCUCUAUGGGUUUGGUCCGGAGUCGUCAUCAGGACCGCAAGGGUGUCCAAGCGUGGCGACGGCCGCGGUAGGUCCUAGGUCAGGGAUGACCUUCAAACCCCCUACGUCGCAUGGGAGGGUACCACAGGCCGCGCAGACUAGGGGCCAAAGUAAGGCUACCGCUAGUCAAGGGCCCAGCCAAGCACCUGGUUCGGCGCCUCCUCGAAAGGCCCCUGAGCCUGAACGAAGGAAAGAAGUGGUAGAGGUUCAAGAAGAGGAGGAUGAGGGUGAUGACGAAGAGGAUGAGAGGCUCCGCCAGGAAGAAGAUCGGCGAGCUGAGCAGAGGGCCAAAAAGAAAGGGAUUCAGGGAGGGGCGGAGCCGAGCCUGCACGAUGGCGUGCCAAAAAGGAAGAAGUACGUGGUCCGGCUGGAGGAGGGCUUUGACGUGGAGCGAAUGGUGGACAAUCUCUUGGAAGGCCACAACGAUCUGAUGAAUUUAAAAGACAUCCUGGCGUCAGCGCCAAGACUCUGUGGCGAGAUGAAGGGGCGGCUCUCGCGGAGGCUAGUGCCCAACGUCCACCUGAGCUCAAUUCUGACCAGGGAGAUAGAGUGGACUGAGGCGGGCACCAAGAUGGACUGGAAAUGUGUGGCAUGUGGGUUGGUUGAUCUGAAGGUGAGAGACCAACCGAGCAUCGCAAUGGUGGACACGGGCGCCGAGAUGAAUAUCAUCCGGGAGUGGGACGCGACUAUGCUAGGGCUGGAGGUGGAUCAUUCGGACCAUGGUGUGCUGCAUGGCGCCAACUGCAAGGCCAUUUUCUGCGGCACCACGUCCAAUGUGAUGGUGAAGAUUGGGAGGGUAAGGGCACGAACGUGCUUCUUCGUCAUGCCCGAUGUCGACCACCCUAUCCUUCUAGGGAGGUCGUUCCUAUGCCGAACGGAGACCUUGGUCUUCAACAGGCAUGAGGGGACGAUGAUCCUGGCUUUAUCCGAUCCGGCCUGCGGGAAUUACGAGAUUAUCAAGUGCCAGAACACAGGGCCGGGAAGUGUGAGGAACAUGCUCAACCUCAGCUCCUUUAUCUUCGAGGAGUCUGAGUACGCGCGAUGGAGACUCCGGGAGCAGCAGGAGGAGGAAGGAGCAGGCAAGGUGUUGUCCCUGAGCCGUAACGAUGUGAAUAAGGCAAUGGAGGUGGUGGCGGCGCAUGAUAUGGCGGACCCUGAGGCUAUAAAGGCCUUGAGGGAGCAGGUCCAGGAAAGCCCUCAGGUGGGAGAAGUGGAGCUAAUUUAUCGGCUUCCCGGGAGGAAAGGGGACCCUGCGAUGGCCCAGGCCCGAACGACAAGGAACAAAAACAGGGCAGAUCGGUUGAGCCGUAUCAACUGGGACGGGGUGAAUCAGGAGUCAAUUGAGGAUACCCCACCAGUCGACGGGUUCCUGGACCAAGAGGAGGACGUCCGCCUCCACAUAAACGAAUGGUCGCUGAGGGUGCCUAGCUGUGUCAUGCAUCCCAUAUGGCUAGCACCAAGGGGGUACGAGCGAAAGGAAGAGCUGGUCCUCAAACCUUUCCAGGAGGAAGAUCCGUGGGGGAGUAGGGAUGUUGGCUGGAUGAUGAAGUUGGCAUUGGCAGGCACGCAUAGCUUGGCGGAAGAGAAUCCUGAGAUGGCAGCCGAGCAGCCAGAUCCGGUACGGCCUCAGGGCGGGGAGGUGAUCACGGUCGGAGACGAUACCCCGCCACACUCCCCAGUUUCAGAGCCAGCACAACACUCAUGGCCAGAGGGGAUUCUUGAGCCAGGCAGCGAGGAGAUUCCGGAGUCUCCCCCUGAGGCCACCGCUAUGCCUGAGCAGGAGGCAGAGGCAGAGGAUCAGGGAGUGCGUGAGAGAGCGAGGGUGGAGACGCCCCUUGACUUGCCAUCGGCCAUGCACGUGACCAAGAGCCCGGUUAUCGAGGGGCCUGUUCCAGCGGAGCUACCGCCAGCAGUGCCAUGCACGAGCGAGGGGAUGGGGGCUGAGGCGUCGACUCCGGAGGGCCAGGGGCCGCGAGUGAGAAGAACCCCAAGAGAGAUCCGCGACGAGAAGUCCGCCCGAGUGCGGGUCCGUCUAGAUGAAAUACAUGCGAGGCAGGCUGAGAUGGAGGCAGCAGGAAUAGAGCCGACACCGCCGAUCGAGCCCAAGACGAGCGAGCAUAGGAUCGACGAGUUGUGGGCUAGGUAUGAGAGUCAGAGGGAUGCAGCCCGCCAGAGGUCACGAGAGGCAGGACAGACGGACGAGGAGACGGGUGAGCUGAGGGAGAUGGGGGACUUGGGUUUCUCUGCGACCAGGCAGACGAUUGAGCGCAUGGAUCGGAGGAUAUGGGAGACGACAGUUACAUCCUUCCAGUGGUAUAAUCUACUCAGCAAUGAGCUCAGGGUCAUAGAGUUGGAGGGGGAGCACCUGACUACUCAGGUUGCCGAGGAGAGGGUGAGGAGCCAGGCUAGAGAGGUUGAGUGGGAGAGGAGAUUUGGGGAGAUGGCGACCACUGUGGAUAGGCUCUCGGCAGCCUGGGAGGCUAGCCAGGUGGGGCGAGCCGGUGCCGAUGGCCAGGGCCGAGGGAUGCAGGCUUCGCCGAGUCAGGGAGUAGCAGUAGAGGUCCCUCGACAGGCCGAGCCAAUGGAGGAGGUGCCCUUGGACGUAGUUGAGGAGGAGGGUGGCGCGCAGGAGUCGCUUAUGGCUAUGUCCACGGAGAGGAGAGGUUCGCGUUUGCAUGAGCUGGCGGCAACCAUGGGGAUAGGCACGCCACAAGAGGGGCCUCAGAGACUCGACGCUUCAGAGCAUGCCCCGAGGUUGGGAGAGUUGAGGGCGGAGCUGGGCUCCUGGGCCACGGGGACGGACUCAGGAGGGCCCGACUCGCAGCAACAGCAGCAGCAAGAGGCCAUGAGUGAGCCCACCGCCAUGGGGGGCUCUCAGCCGUCAGGAGCAUGUGGGGAUGAGGUGGUGGUGACAGAGGGGCCUCAUGAGAAGGGCCCCCGAGAGUUGGAUAUGCCAAACUGCAGGUCAGUGAGCACAGCCGCACGAGGGGGUGAGGGUGCUGAGGCUAUGGAGCCCGGACCUCAGGGCCAUAUGGGAUCGUCCUCGUGUCAUGAGGUGACUACUGAGACCACGGGGACGCCUUCGGCAUCGAGUUCGCGGGGGAGAAAGAAGAAGACUGCCAGGUGGCACGAUACCUCCUGUUUUUGGUGCAAGGAGGAAGGGCAUAGAGCCGUGGACUACCCAGAACUCCUCGAGGAUAAGGCCGAGGGGCGAGUUGCGGAGUUCAACGGCAAGUUCUAUGACAGGCAGGGAAGGAUAGUAGAGCGAGCUCCAGAUGGGGGCAUGGCUCAGUUGUAUAGGCAGAACCAGGAGGAGUUGUGUAAGUAGGGCCUGGUUUGUCUAUGUGUCAGUAGGGACAUAGUGAUUGGCACACAGGAGGGCGGGUUGGAGGUGUACAUAUGUUUAGUUGGCUGAGGGGGCCCUAGAUGUGUGCAUGCUUUAGAGGUGGUAGGAUGAGUCCCUGCCUGCUUGUACACAUAUAGUUGAUUGAGGUCUCUUUGCGUUCUUCCUUUCGUAGGCUAUGGCUUAGAGCAUGGAGGUCAGCCGUAGGACACAUGAGGCUAUUCAGUCCACUUUUGAUUUCGCAAUGCCGAGACUACUUGAGUUUGAGAGAGACCUGGGUAUGAGUUUUCCCUAGUUAGGUGAGACAGAGGAUUAGGCACCCGUUAGA